AAACAGUAUGUUUUCGCAAGAUGAGAACGUUCACUUUGGUUGUACUUGUAGCGCUGGCGCUAUUCGCUAGUGUCUCAUCGAAGAAUAUUGAGUCGAGAACUGCCGACAAGGAUUUCCUGAUUAAGCAAAAAUUCAUUUUGGAAAUCCUGCAACACGUCUACCAGGACGAUGUUUUUAUAACUAAAUACGACUCCAGCUACUACGAAUACAAACCUUGGGAACAUGUUGCUGACUAUCACAAGCACGAAACGUUGGAGCAUUUCUUCGAGCUGUGGCAACACAAGCCUAUGCAUGAUGAUGAGAUCUUCAGCAUCAUGUACGAGCGCCAUGUUGAGUACGCCGUGGGCUUGUCACGCUUAUUCUAUUUGGCCAAGGAUUGGGAGACCUUCACCCAUGCCGCCAUGUGGGCUCGCCUAAAUGUCAACAAGCAGUUAUUCAUCUACGCCUUAACUGUGGCCGGUCUGCACCGCGACGAUAUGCAAGGUAUUGUCUACCCGGCCAUUUAUGAAAUCCACCCGUGGUCUUUCUUUGAUGUGGACACCAUUGAGGUAGCUGAGCGCCAUAGAAUGCACGACUUCCAUCAGGUCAAGAAAUUGGACAACAUUUACAAUGUCGCCAUCAAGUCCAACUACACCAAUGUCUACGGCAACUUGCACAAUGCUCACGAACUCGCCUACUUCCUGGAGGAUGUUGGUCUAAACGCUUUCUACUACUACUACAACUUGGACUAUCCAUUCUGGACCAAGGGUAUUGAGGGUAGCGAAUUGAACAAGGACCGUCGUGGUGAGUUCUGGAUUUACACUCACUUGCAAUUGUUGGCUCGUUACUACUUGGAGCGCUUGUCUCACGAUAUGGGCGAUAUCGAGGUCUUCGACAUGUACGAGUCUGUUCCCCAUGGCUACUACAGUGGAUUGCGUUACUACACCGGCGUGAACUUGCCCAACCGUGACAACGGCUACAGCUUCUAUCACCCAGAAAACAUGGAGCACAUGCGCAUGAUCCAUCUGAUUAGCAUGCGUAUAAUGAACUUUAUCAACGAAGAACACAAGGAUGAUGUUGAGGCGGUUAACAAGUUGGGCAACCUCUUGCAAGGCAAUGCUGAUAGUGUUGAUCGGAAAUACUAUAACAGCAUCAGCAAGUUGUACAGGGACAUAGUGAACGACGGCAUUUCAUAUGGCAAAUACCACGAAACUUUGCCAACUACCUUCAUGCAUUACGAAACCUCUCUGCGCGAUCCUCUUUUCUUCCAGAUCAUGAAGGACAUCAUGCACUUCUAUUGGCACAUGGCAGAGACGUUCCCCGAAUACACCGUUAAGGACUAUGUCUUCGAGGGUGUGAAAAUCGACAAAGUUCAAAUGCCCGAUCAUCUGACCACUUACUUUGAAUACUACGACUCUGACAUCAGCAAUGGCGCAAACGUUGAGGUGCCCGUAGAAGGCAGCAAUGAUCCAUUGGUGAACUUUGGCCGCAACUCACAACACGGCGGCAACAGCUUUGUGAUCAAGGCACGUCAAUACCGCUUGAACCACAAACCAUUCCAGUUCCAAAUGGAUGUGACCUCUGACAAGGCGCAAAAGGCUGUCGUUAAGGUAUACCUUGGUCCCCAACAGGUUGGUGAGAAAUACGACUUCAUCGAAAAGAACUACAUGAACUUCUUCGAACUGGAACAUUUUGUUGUUGAUUUGGUGCCAGGCGUCAACGUGAUCACCCGCAACUCAGACGAAUUCAGCUGGUGGGUGGAGGAUAGAACAACCUACUUGGAAUUGUACAAGAAGGUUAUGGAUGCCACCAACUCGGACUACAAAUUCGCCUUGAACCAAAAGGAGGCUCACUGCGGUGUGCCCCAGCGCUUGAUGUUGCCCGUUGGUAAGAAGGGUGGUAUGCCAUACCAGUUCUUCUUCAUGGUGUACCCAUACCAUGAACCAGCAGUCAAACAGUACACCGGCUACGAUCCAAUCAUCUCUUGCGGCAUUGGAUCUGGCGCUCGCUGGGUCGACUCGCUACCAUUUGGCUUCCCCUUCAACCGUCCAGUCAAGCAUGGUUACUACUUCGAAGUGGACAACUUCCACUUCCUACCAAUUAUGAUCCACCACAAGGAGGACACUACAAAUGUAGUCUAAGCACAAGUUCGGGAUUCAGUUUGUAUACCAAUUUUUUUAUUUUUUUAUUUUUUAAAGUUGCUUUGAAUUUAUGUGUUCCAUAGUAUCGAUCUGUAUUUAGCUAAAUAAACGAUUUUUGUAUAUAAUAACAAU